CGUGGGCGUCAAGAUGGCGGCCCCCAAAGCGCUCUAGGAGUGUCGCGGGUGGUGGCAGCGGGGGGAGCAGGCCGGUCCGUGCAGACACUGGCUGGGGCUGCGUCAUCUGAAGGCUGGAGAAGCUGCUCUCAACCCGCUGCUCUCACCUGGCUGUUGGUGGGAGGCCUCGUUCCCCACCACGUGGGCCCCUGCAUACGGCUGGUUGAGCCUCUUCACAGUAUGGCUGCUGGCUUCCGCUAGAGCCAGCAAGGAGGAAGCCACAGUGUCUCUUAUGACCCUCAGAAGUCACACUGCCAUUUCUCCCAUAUCCUGUUAUUCACCCAGGUUCUCGAGCCCACGAGUCCCCUGGUUUAGCCCAAGCCCAGCGGCGGCGCCAUGGUGACGGAGCAGGAGGUGGAGGGCGUGGGGCAGACGCUGGUGGACCCCCAGAAGCCCCUGCAGGCCCGCUUCCGGGCGUUGUUCACACUGCGCGGGCUCGGGGGUCCAGCAGCCAUCUCCUGGAUCAGCCGGGCCUUCAGCGACGACUCGGCCCUGCUCAAGCACGAGCUGGCCUACUGCCUGGGCCAGAUGCAGGACUCGCGGGCCAUCCCCGUGCUGGUGGACGUGCUGCGUGACACCCGCCAGGAGCCCAUGGUGCGCCACGAGGCAGGGGAGGCCCUGGGGGCCAUUGGGAACCCAGAGGUGCUGGAGAUCCUGAAGCAGUACUCCACCGACCCUGUCAUCGAGGUGGCAGAGACGUGCCAGCUGGCCGUCCGGCGGCUGGAGUGGCUGCAGCAGCACAGCGGGGAGCCGGUGGCUCAGGGGCCCUACCUCUCUGUGGAUCCAGCCCCAUCCGCCGAGGAGCGCGACGUGGGGCGGCUGCGGGGGGCGCUGCUGGAUGAGGCCCGGCCGCUCUUCGACCGAUACCGAGCCAUGUUCGCCCUGCGUGACGCUGGCGGGGAGGAGGCUGCCCUGGCGCUGGCCGAGGGCCUGCGUUGCGGCAGUGCCCUCUUCCGCCACGAGAUCGGCUACGUCCUGGGCCAGCUGCAGCAUGAGGCGGCUGUGCCCCAGUUGGUGGCGGCCCUGGCGCGACCCGCCGAGAACCCCAUGGUGCGGCACGAGUGCGCGGAGGCCCUGGGGGCCAUCGCCCGGCCUGCCUGCCUGGCCGCCCUGCGGGCCCACGUGGCAGACCCCGAGCGCGUGGUGCGGGAGAGCUGCGAGGUGGCCCUGGACAUGUACGAGUAUGAGACGGGGCCGGCCUUCCAGUACGCGGACGGGCUGGAGCACCUGCGCCCACCCCCCUCCUAGGGCCGCGCCCGGCUGUCUCCCUCGAGGACUCUGCCCAUAAACCGUGUUGGAAUGAA